AAAGAAACAGUCGCCGAGAUUUCCAUGGAUAGAUCGCCGACGCCACCGCCCCCGCCGCCGCAACCACCAAAGGAAUCUCUUGCUCGAGGUUAUAAAUUCGUCUGGCGUAUUCUUCUCAUUUCUAACCUUGCUCUCGGAGCAUACAUAUUUACCAGGCCAAGAAAGAAAGAAGCAGUGAAAAAGGAUAAGAAACCUACAGAAAUUCAAUCUGCUCCUGAGAUAAAAAUCAUCCCUGAUUCCGAAGGAGUUGUCGCUACCCCUGCCUAUGACCCCGAGAAUAAACCAAUCCCGAUUCCCGAAAACCAAUGGUCGAAACCGUUCAAAUGGUAGUUACAAUAGCUCGAGAACAUACCCCCGGGAUCCAGAACUGUUUUUAGUUUUUACUCUUCUCCAAUGGUUUCUCCCAGCUCAUCAGUGGGCUCGACGAUUAUCCAAUAGCCAAAACUAUAGCCUUAGUCCUCUUUGUUUCUAGCCUCAAAUCUUCUUUUCUUUUCUUUUUUUCAAAUUGUUUAGUCUUUUUAGCAAGAUUUCUAUUUCUCCCACUUUUUGCAAGCCACGGUUUUCACGGAAACAGUUGCUCUGCACUAUAGAUAGAAUAGAUGAUAGGUCUACAGACGGGUUUGAUUUUCUUUGGUUUGGUACCACAAAAUCUUGUAGGUUUCGUUUUGAUCUCGAGUUCAUCACUUUUGAAUUCUUGACCUUUAUUCAAACUCUUCAACUCAGUUUCUUCACGGAAACAGUCGCCCUACUGAUUGUGGCAGAGUACAAGUCUGUGUACAUCCCAACUCCUUAGACCCUACAUUUGGAUGAGAUAUACUGAGUUUGUUUGGUUUGAUUUUAUUUAAAUUUUGCACCGUUUACAAAGAUUGUGAAGGAUGAAUUGUAUCGACUAUUUCACCUUGACGGGUUUAACGUAGUCAUCGGUUAAUGUGGAAAUCUUCCAUAGAUGUUUAGGUUACAUCUCUAAUGAGGCUAAUGUUUGAAGGGAUUCUUGUUGAGGGACAAAGAGAUGUGAGUGAUUGUUGGUUUACAUUUUGAUGGAAAAUCAAUAGUUCUGCUUCAUGUUUCAUAUUAUUA